CUUUAUCAGGAAAAGGAGUGGGAGAAUUUAAAAGAUUUAUCUCCUAGCCAACGGAAGGGUUUGGUUGAAGUUCUUUAUAAAUCUCGCAAACUUACCAAAGAUGAACAUCAGCGAAUAUUAAAGCAAGCUAACCAAGCCUAUCGGGAAGAAGUAACUGGCCAGUUGAGCCAAUUACGAUAUUAUAAAGAAAAAAUCGGAGCCCGCAGCCUUAGUAAACAGGAAUUAAUUAAAUCAGAAAGAUUUAAAUAUUUUUUUCCGGAAAAGGGGGAGCAUAAAGAAUUUUGA